AUGAGUGAUCAGAUAAUCACAUGUGCUAUCCAAGUGCCGGGCACGGUAGAGAAAUUUAUCUGCUCAGCAAUCUAUGCGUACAACACUGCUACAGAUAGGAUUCCGCUUUGGAGAGAUCUCAGGGCAACUCAAGUGGCAUAUGCUCAUCUUCAUCUGCCUUGGAUUCUUCUAGGAGAUUUCAACGUCACUUUGGCCACAAACGAACACUCCCGUGCAUUGGAUUAUCGAUGGGAUCAGGCAGGAAUGUUUCAUUUUCAGGAAGCUACAACAGACUGUGAGUUACUGGAUUUGCCUUUUGUGGGAGCUCUUUUUACGUGGUGGAACAAGCGUGAGGAGGAUCCGACUGGAAAUAAGCUAGAUCGAGCUAUGGUUAAUGGGGAAUGGCUAAAUGCAUUUCCACAAUCUUUUGCUAAGUUUGAAGUGGGUGGGGUCUCAGAUCAUGCUCGUUGUCUGGUUCGACUGACAGGCCAUUUGGAUGAGUCAAGAAAGCCGUUCAGAUUGUUCAACUACUUGACAGAACAUGAGGACUUCUUACCUACAGUUAAGGAAGCUUGGGAGGCUUCUCCCAUGUUUUAUCACUCACGAUCUGCUCUGUCAUGUUUCCACAAGAAGCUAAAAGCGCUAAAGUUUCAUCUUAGGGCUCUAAAUAAGGCCAACUAUGACGACUUACAGAAUAGAACAAAGCAUGUGUAUGAUGAGCUUUGUGAAUGUCAGAAUAAAGUUCUCUUGGAUCCUUGUCCAGAGACCUUUGUGAGGGAAGCGGAGGCUGCAGCUAGGUGGAAAAAAUUGGCAGGGGAUCACAACACCGUUUUGUUUCAUCGGAUGGUACAGACACAAAUAGCUCGUAACACAAUUAGGAGCCUCACAACAGAGCAAGGCACGGUGCUCACGUCGACAGUGGACAUCAAGAAGGAAGCAGUCUCUUAUUUUCAGCGAUUCCUACAGUCUCAAGAUGCAUCUGGAGAGGAGGUUUCAGUAAAUGAUCUUCGAAAUCUCUUGAUUUACAGAUGUCCAGCGGAGGCUUGCGCAACACUAGUAGCUCCAGUAAUUGGCUUGGAAAUUCAGGCUGCUCUGCAUGCGCUUCCAAACGACAAGGUGAUUUUGAAAGUGCUUGCCUCGAGACUCAAAGUUAUAUUUCCAGAUGCAGUGGAAGCGAAUCAAAUUGCGUUUAUCAAAGAGAGACUGCUGGUGGAGAAUGUUCUUUUAGCGUCGGAGUUGGUGAAUGGUUAUCACAGAGAAACUGUAUUUGAGAGAUGUGCCAUUAAGUUCGAUAUAUCCAAGGCUUUUGACACAGUCAAAUGGUCAUUCAUCACUUCGGGGUGUUCUCUAUCGCCAUAUCUCUAUGUUAUAUUCAACAAUGUGCUGUCUAAAUUGCUCAAUAAGGCCGCAGAGGAGGGACAGUUUGCAUAUCACUCACAAUGCCAGGGGGUUAAGCUAACUCAUCUCAGUUUUGCCGAAGACAUACUGAUUUUCACGAAUGGCACAACAGAUUCUCUUCAGGGAGUGCUACAGGUUAUGGAGACCUUUGCAGGUAUGUCAGGUCUCGACAUCAAUGCAGCUAAGUUUCAGAUGUUUGCAGCAGGUUCAAACCUCGACCCACUGUUAAUUGAGGCUGAGACAAAAGGUAUCACUGUUGGCAAUCUUCCGAUCUGCUACCUGGGAAUGCCGUUGACAACUAAGUUGUUGAAUGCACAUGAUUACGAGCCUCUGAUAGACAAAGUCCGGAGAAGGCUGCUCAGCUGGUCUAAUAAAAGCUUAUCAUUCGCGGGGAGGCUUCAACUGAUCAAAUCAGUAGCAAGCAUUGUCAACUUUUGGACGCAUUCCUAUGGUCUGGAAUCACCAACUCAGACACAUAAGGCGAAGGUUGGUUGGGAAGACGUGUGCUACCCUAAGGAAGAAGGUGGUUUAGGGGGUUCUUGGAUUUGGAGAAAGCUGUUAAAACUAAGGGACCAUGCUUAUGACUUCCUGAAGAUGGAGGUGCGUAAUAGAGACACUACUUUCUUCUGGUUUGAUGAUUGGAUGGGCAUGGGACGGUUGAUUGACGUUACUGGAGCUAUAGGAACUGUAUAUUUGGGUCUAUUUCGCAGAGCUACUGUGAAAGAGGCAACAAAUUUGAAUGGAUGGUAUGUUAGUGGAAAGCGUAACAGGCGAUUUCAGGACCUGUACAAUAAGAUUCUAGCACAACCGUUACCUGAUGAACCUUUUGGAAUCGAUAAGGUGCUGUGGAAGCACGGGGAGGACGACUUUAAGGACUCCUUCUCCUCCACAGAGACAUGA